AUGGGUCAGAGUCAAACGAUCCCGCUGCAGCCGCCGGACGAGAAGCUGGACGUGGUGUUUGAGGUUUUCGCUCAAGCUGUGCUCCACGCUUCGCAGAAACUGAAGCAAUACCUUGGCUUCGUGGACCCCCAGCAGACUUUACGCGUGAGCACCUGCACGCUGAACGCUGUUUUCCUGAUUCACUUCAUCAGUUUCUGCAAGGAGAAGGGCGUGGACGGCUGCAUAUCCACCUGUGCCAUGACCAGACAGCAGGAGAUGCUGAUGGGGGUCAGCUGGAUCUGGACGCUCACCUGCUCAAGCAGGAUCUCGGAGUUCCAGAUCGCGGUGCGGUCGGUCCAGACCAGCGGGACGUACAGAGUGACCGAAAUGGACGAGGAUCCCUACCAGAAGAGGCUGGAACAGUCCAUAUCGGACCUGGACCGGAACAAGAGCUGUUUCGACAAGCUGUUUGAUUUCUCCUCCUCCAUUGGCGUGAACUGCAUGAGCCUGUGCAUUGUGUACGGCUUCCCGGGAAAGCCGAGAGAAAUCCGGGGGGUGCUGAGCAAGGACCUCCUGCGCUUUAAAGCAGGGGAGAGCGGCAGCUUCACGGAAGAGAUGCUGCUUCGUUACCUCCGGAGCGCGGACACUUUCAUCACGACCACGGAGAUGAUACAGAACCACCUGUGGAAGCAGAGCCGCGCCAGCGACAGCGAACACGUGUACGUGUACAUCAACUUCCUGUGA